CACAGGGAAGAUCAGAUGUGAUGCGCUCGAGCAUCUAGAAUAACAACCACGAUUACUACAGCACCGCCUGACAUCCAACGAACGGAAUCAGCUGUCCACCGGACAAUUAAUACCGAAUAAACACGACGGAAUAGCAUCAAACACGUGUGAAAUUUGGUUUUUCUGCGUAGAGUUCCGCAGCGUCAAGAAAAUCGAUCUGGUGCAUCUGAAACAGGAUAACCAUGUCACUGUAUCCGUCUCUGGAAGACAUGAAGGUGGAUAAGUUCAUGCAGGCACAGAACACCCCCUCCGCCAGCCCAUCAAAAGCAGCGCCUCUUCCUGAAGCUUCCAUAACCCAGUAUGAGUCGAGCAUCACUUACUAUGAGUCAAAAACUGAAGAGAUGGGUACCUCUGGCAGGUUGUAUCCUGAGCUUCAUGAGUUUAUGGGCCUAAAUCUCAGUGUGGAUGCUCUACAGGCAUAUUCACCUUCAGUCCCUGACCAGACCAGUGGGGCUCUCAGUGUGCGCACGACUGGCACGAGCUGGGCAGCAGCCCCUAUAACAGGAAGUGACAUCGGGGUGAAGAGGGCUGAGAUUCGGCAGGGCGUGAGGGAGGUGGUGCUGUGCAAAGAUAUGGACGGGAAGAUUGGCCUCCGUCUAAAAGCCAUAGACAAUGGUGUGUUUGUGCAGUUAGUGCAGGCCAACACUGCUGCAGCAUUGGCUGGGCUGCGCUUCGGUGAUCAGAUUCUGCAGAUCAACGGCGGAUCUUGUGCUGGCUGGAACAGCGAUCAUGCACAUAAAGUGCUGAAGAACGCCAGUCCAGAGAGGAUCACACUGGUUGUGCGAGACAGGCCUUUGGAGCGAUCUGUUACUCUUCACAAGGACAUGAGCGGACAGCUUGGCUUUAUAUUUAAGAAGGGCAUCAUCAGCUCAAUAGUGAAAGAUAGUUCAGCAGCACGUAACGGACUCCUCACUGAUCACCACAUCUGUGAAAUCAAUGGGCAGAAUGUUAUUGGACUGAAGGACUCCCAAAUCACAGACAUCCUUAAUUCCAGCGGGGGUGUUGUCACGGUAACGGUGAUGCCGGUGGUUAUCUUUGAACACAUGAUGAAAAGGAUGUCCAGCAGUAUUGUGAAGUCACUAAUGGACCACUCUAUUCCUGAGGUGUAGGACGGUUCUGAGCAGAUCGGAUCGGACUGUACAGCUGAGGAUGAUUUGGAUUGUGUUAUGUGAUGUCAGGAAGGGUCACAUUUAGUCUGGAGUACAGUUGUGUGUCUGCGGUCACGUGUGAUUUUGUGCAUGUGCGAGAGAGAUAAUCGGCAAAGAAACACAGCUGAGGAGAACUUGUGAGAUAUUUGAUUUACAUUUUUAUUUAAAGGACUAGUUCGCACAAAAAUGAAAAUUCUAAUCAUGAUUUACUCGCCCUCAAUUCGUUCCAAAUAUGUAUGACUUUCUUUCUUCCGUGGAACACGAAACGAGAUGUUAAGCAGAAUGUUCAAGCUGCUCUUUUCCAUACAAUGAUAGGGAAUGAGGACUAGGGCUGUCAAGCUCCAAAAUGACAUACAAGAACCUUAAAAGUACCAUAAAAGUAGUCCACUUGACUCGUGCACUAUAUUCCAAGUCUUCUAAAGUCAUACGCCCUAACCUGGGGGGGGUUACUGUCCUUUUCUGCAUAUCGCGGCACCGUUUUGCGGUCCGUUCUGCAUAACACGACGGCUCAUUUUAGCUCACCGUGGCCCAUUCGGCACAUUUCGCAAACAACCCACCGGCCCGCUCGGUUCUCCCGAUGCCCAGUCCUCCCCUGAUCGGCCCAAAAGUGCUUCGGCCCACCGGGAAAAUGCCCGGUAUGCCAGAUGUCCAGUCCUUCUUCAGCCGUAGCUCUCAAAUCUCAUUUGCACUUCUGUGUGAUCAAUCUGGGUUUUUUUGUGGUCUUUUAUAAUACGUGGCAAGUGGUUUAUUUCAAUAUACGUGAACGGAAAUGAGAUUUCAGAAUGAGGGGUUGAUUUUCAGUGUAUAGAAAUGCCUUCAGAGGACUUGGAAUAAAGUGCAUGAGUUCUACGGACUACUGCUAGGGUACUUUUAUUAUGCUUUUCAUUGUAAUUUUCUGCCGAACAUCUUGUGUGUUACACUGAAGAAUGAAAGUAAUACAGGUUUGGAGCGACAUGGGACAUGAGGGCGAGUUUUUGGGUGAACUAUCCCUUUAAUUCCUCUCUUUCAUCUUUAGACACACUGUGUGAAGCCUGAAGCUUAUUUCAAUUUCUCUGUUUUUCAUAAAACCACUUAAAAUUAUCAGCUAAAUAUAUUAAGUCUUGCUCAUGUUUUAAACUUUUCAGCAGUAAUGAUGUUGCAGGUACAAAUGCCACUCAAAACUAUGCACUACUGAAGCGAGUAUUUGGAUAUUAAGUUCACUAUGAAGCGUUAUACUGCAGGACAUUGUGUUUGUGGCCCUGUUUUCUUGUGUUUAUGUGUGUGUGGCCUGUGUGAUUUUGCUUUCCCCACUUAAACGGUUCAUCAUUGAUCUUGGUUGGUCUGCAGGUGGCAGGUGCAUGUUCAUAUGAUAACAGCUUUUUGUUUUAUCUUUAAGGGAUUUUCAGGAAAACUUACUAAGCUACUUAAUGUCAUAAGUUUCCAUUGUCACAUAAAUAACGUUUUUAAAGUUUAGGGAAAUGUUGCUUUCACUUAGUAGCCAUGCAAUGGUACUAGGAAGGAGUAUAUUGAUUCAAAGGCAUAUAUGUUGUGUUUAUCAGCUUUUUUGAGGGACACAUCCACCUUUUAAUUUAAUAAGUCAUAUAUAGGCUACAAAUUGUAUAGACAGUUAAGUCUCACCAUUACAGAUGAAAAAGUUUAUAAUUAAUAUCAUAUUGCAUUUUAAAUUACACAGUGAUUUUUUUUGCCGCUCAAAUCGUGUAUUAGUAACAUUUGAAUUCCGAUUCCAACGAUGUUUGAAGGUUAUGUCAAAAUGUUUUGUUAUUAUGGAAAUUUUAAAUAAAUACGUC